UUCUUCUUCUCCGUUGGCUUUUUUUUUUCUCUUCUUCGACGUUGUCUUUUGUUUUUCUUCGAUCUACCGGAAUCUACAUGUCAGCUGAUUUAUUCUCUUCUUCGAUGCUUGAUUUCUUCUUCUUCUUUCUAAUUAGAUUUCUACUUUUCACGAAGCAAUCUCAGAUUUGUGCAUCGUAGGAAGAGAUGCUUCAAUGUAUAUUUCUCCUCUCCGAUUCUAGGUAAGUGAAUCUUCAAAUCUUUCUUUCCGGAUUCAGUUCGACUUUGAUUCAUCUGAUUUGUGUUAACAGAGAGGUAAUGAUAGAGAAACAGUUUAUGUGUCAUUAUGGUAUUGAUUCUCAAUUUCUUCUUCCCCGAAUCAAAGACGACGGGUUUCUUUCUUCUGGUACUUGGAAUUUGCAAUUUGUUUGUUGGAAUCAUCAAAAUUUUGUAGUUUGUUAUAUUGGGGAAUACUUCUUGUGCCUGAUAUUUGUUUGUUUGUUAGUUUCAUCAAGAUUCUGUAAUGUGUUAUAUUGAGGAUUUUAUUGAAUUAAAUCUUGUUUCUUCACCUCCGGUUCUUAUUGAUCAUUGUAAGAAAUCAGGCAUUAAAUAAGGCUCGGAUUAUUGAAUUGAGUUGUGCUUUUCCAUAUGAGCUGUUAGUGAGUCCUGCUCUUAGUGUUGGUGAGUAUUGCUUUGUUCGACAGUUCCAUGAAUCUUUCAACAUUUGGAUUAGACUAUGAAGCGUUUGGACUAGGUGGAAGUGGUGAUCCUGAUAAGAAGAACUCAGCUCGCAGUGGUGUGACUCGGAAACGAGGUUCUCCGGCUUUUGAUUCAAUAACAGAAAUACAUAGGCAAUCAACAUGGGAGCUUCAAACUUUUAAAGAACGGUGGAACCAAGCUGUUGCAGAAGACAAGAAUUGGGUCGACCGGUUUUCAUCAACUUGGAAUCGAGUUGGCAAUAACCGGAGAUUAAAACGAAGUAGUGUGAUUAAAAAAACACUUACAUUUUUUACUCAGAUUAUAUAUAGAAAUUUUUUUGUUUUUUUUUGGGGUUCUCAUUGUUAUAUGUAACUAUAUAAGUCAAUAGUUUGAUCAUUUUACUCUCUUUUGAUUAGUGUAGUUUUUGUGGUCUUCUUUUUUAGAUGUGGUUUGAUUAAUUCCAAUUAUUUUAGCA